GCUCAUUCUCAACCGUUGUGUUUUCUGAACGCAGCUAGAGUAAAUCUAACCAAAUAUCAUCUCCAUCUGCGAUUAUGCACGUGGUAUAUGGAGGAACAGCGUUUAAUGAUAAAGUUUCAAUAUUUUAUAUAAAAGAAAUCGUUAAGACACUCGUUAGGAAGUUACGAUCUGACGUUUGACAUACGAAGAAAUAUGAGAUCAAAUUGCGUUGUAUUGCGAAAGCAGAAAUAAUUCAGAAGAAUCAUUUUCGAAGUCGCAUAGAACGCUUUAAAAAUGGUAAGACAUAAUAAUCAAUUACCGCAUAAUCUUCCACAACUGCAAAAUCUUAUCAAACGUGACCCAGAAUCUUACAAGGAAGAGUUUCUUCAACAACAUCUGCAUUACAAAUCUACUCUAGAAGUUUUCCGUUUGGAGCCUACACAAUUUAAUAAAAGUCUUGAUGAGUUGGUAAUCUUCUUGGCUCAGAUAGCCCAUUGUUAUCCAGAUGAUUUGAAAACAUAUCCUCAAGAGAUUGUUGAUAUAUUAAAUACUCAUAAUAUCAUACUAGACAAUGAAAUGCGAAUGACGUUUUGUAAAGCGUUGAUCCAACUACGCAAUAAAUCUCUUUUAGAGCCUACUGCACUCCUCAGUUUAUUUUUUGAGCUUUUAAAAUGUCAGGAUAAGAUCUUAAGAGACUUUCUCCGGACGCAUAUAGUCACAGAUAUCAAGAAUAUUAACGCAAAGCACAAAAACGCCAAAGUUAAUACAAUAUUACAAAAUUUCAUGUUUUCUAUGUUAACAAAUCCUAAUACUAAAGCCGCGAAGAUGUCUGUGGAUAUUAUGAUAGAUUUGUACAACAAAAAUGUCUGGAAUGACGUUAAAACUGUUAAUGUUAUAGCAACGGGUUGCUUUUCGAAAAUAACAAAAGUAACAGUUGCUAGUUUAAAAUUUUUUUUGGGAACUGAUCCAGAAGAAAAAGAAAGUGACGAUAGUGAUUCAGAUGAUGAGCUAAGUAUGAAGGAAAUUAUGAUGGCUAAUAAAGUAAAUAAAAAAACGAAGAAACGACAGAAACAGUUAAAGAAAGCUAAGCAGUCGUUUGUAAAAGCCAAGAAGAAAAAAUCUAAGGCGCCGCAAUAUAACUUUUCAGCGUUGCAUUUAAUUCAUGAUCCUCAAGAUUUCGCUGAAAAAUUGUUCAAGCAGAUAGAAAAAAAUAAUGAUAGAUUUGAGGUAAAGCUUAUGACUUUGGAUGUUGUCUCUAGACUUAUUGGCUUGCAUAGCUUAUUUCUCUUGAACUUUUAUCCGUACAUACAAAGGUUUCUUCAACCCCAUCAACGAGAGGUUACCAAACUUUUACAGUUUAUAGCUCAAGCUUCGCAUGAAUUAGUACCACCUGAUGUAUUAGAACCUGUUUUGAAGACAUUAGCAAACAAUUUCAUAACAGAAAGAAAUUCUGCAGAUGUGAUGGCUAUCGGUUUAAAUACUGUACGUGAAAUAUGUACACGAUGUCCAUUGGCUAUGAGUGAGGAUUUGCUUGAGGAUUUAACGCGAUACAAGCAGUACAAGGAACGCUCCGUUAUGAUGGCAGCGCAUUCUUUAAUUGGAACAUUUAGACGUAUAAUGCCCGACUUAUUGCGUAAAAAAGACAGAGGUCGUCCUACAGAAGCCACUAUUAUGAGAAAAUCUUCCAAAUAUGGCGAAAUUCGAGCAAGUGAAUUUGUACCAGGAGCAGAAGUUUUAUAUAAUCAAUCUACUGAGAGUGCUGAAGAAACUAAUGAUAGCGAAGAAGAAGAAGAUGAUGAUGAAUGGAUAGACGUAAGUGAAAACGAUGAGGAAGAAAUAAGCGAGAACGAGUCGUCAGCUGAGUCAGAUGAAACGGAGAAAUCUUUCAUUAGCAAAAAUGAGAAUGAUGAGAUUUUAACAUUAUCAUGUAGCAAAGACACUAGUGCACAGAAUACAUGUGAAGCGGAUAGCGGAGAACAAAAAACAAAUAAAAUUUUGCGAAAGAAAAACGCUUUGACAAAGCAAUUGAAGAAAGCGCAAAAACUAGAGAAGAAAGCAAAACAUAAGUUGGAAAAGAACGAAGAAUUAAUAGGUGAAAGGAAAAUAAAAGCGUCUGUGAUAUCCACAAAACGAUUACUCACGGACAAAGAUUUCAGAAAAAUUGAUGUUGCAUUAGCAAAGCAAGAUGUAACAUACGUUAAGCGCGGCAUUAAAAGACCGCAUGAAAACGUCGAGAUAGACCAAGGAGAAUUAGUAAAACUUAGUGAUAUAGAAAAUAUAUACAAGAAACGCAAACAUGAUAAAGAUGCCCGACAAAAAUCUGUGAAGAAAGGGCAACAAGGACGAGACAAAUUCGGUUUUAAAGAUCGGCGACAAAAUCCAUUGUGCAGUAAAACAAAUCGUGAGAAGAGAAAAGGAAAAGUAUUUUCAAUGCUGAAGCAGAAAUUAAAAACAAAAGUAAAACGAUCUUUUAGAGAGAAACAAAUAGCUCUUAAAAAUCAUUUAAUAAAACAAAAAAAAAUGAAAUAAUUAGUAUAUUGUGUAAUUAACUUUUAAACUCAUGUUUUUCUUAAUAAUAGAUUGUGUACAUAUAAUGUACAAUAAUACAUUUCUAAAUACAUUCUAAAAAAAAAAA